AGCAUCAGCAGUAGUACUCAAAUUAUAGAACGCUUGAGCUGUUAGAAAGACUUAAAAUAAUGCGUAUGUUUAUUUACAGUUUUUAUUUUACAAAUAUGAAAUAAAACAGAUCACAGGACCGAUAUGUGAUCUAUUACACAGAUCAGUGUUUAGUUUUAUCAGGGAUUUAAUUGAGUGUAUGAUUUUCUCUGUGAUUAGUGAACGCACCGCAUUGCAAUUUCCCCUGUCACACUUCAAUUGAGUUCUUCGGUGGAUUUUUCGUUUUUACUUCAGUUUUUUUUACUAGAUGACCUCUGACCCCAGAAUGCCGCCAAAUACGACCUGCGGAAAUACGCCGGAAGUUGUCAUCAGGUGUGAAGACCUGCUGUAACUUUGGAAGUGCGCAGUUAACAUGUGUGAGGAGCAGACAUUGUCUCUGGUUGAUGUUCUGGAGGAAGAUGAAGAGCUGGAGGAAGAAGCUUCAGCUGUUUUGGCAGGAAGUGACUCAGAUCACUGCUCUUACCCUCAGGGCUAUGUGAAACGCCAGGCUCUGUAUGCCUGUAACACAUGUACACCAAAGGGAGGAGAGGCAGCAGGAGUGUGUUUGGCCUGUUCAUAUAAAUGUCAUGAAGGUCAUGACCUCUUUGAACUCUACACCAAGAGGAACUUUCGUUGUGACUGUGGAAACAGGAAGUUCACAGAGCUGCAGUGUAAACUUUACCCUGAUAAAGAUGAGGUCAACAGUCUGAAUAAAUACAGUCAUAACUUCUUUGGAGUUUACUGUACCUGUAGCCGGCCUUAUCCAGACCCAGAUGACCAGGUGGAGGAUGAGAUGAUUCAGUGUGUGGUCUGUGAGGACUGGCUGCAUGGCAGGCACCUGGGCUGUGUAGUACCAGACUGUGUGGAGCUGCAGGAAAUGAUUUGUGAGUCCUGUAUGAACAAAAACCCCUUUCUCUGGACCUAUGCUGCUCACCUGGCAGUUCCAGGUGCAACAGUGCAGUUGAAGGAGGAAACAGGAGGAGAUUCAAACACAGAUGUUCCUAAAAAAGAAGAACAGGUCGAUGAUGUCAUCGAGCCCAGCUGUAAGCGGAGCCGUGAGGAGGCGGAAUCUAUCUGCGGACUGAAGGAACUCCAGGGGAUUGAUCAGAAAAGAGUCCAGUCAGGAGCUGUGUUCUGGCCGUCAGCGUGGCGCUCUAAACUCUGCUCCUGCAACACCUGCCAGGAGCGUCUAUCUGAAGCUAAUCUGUCUUUCCUGUUGGAUGAGUCUGACACUGUACUUGCCUACGAGAAAAAAGGAAAGAACAACGAACAGAAACAACAAGGACACGACCCUCUGAUGUCAGCGCUGGACAACCUGAACCGAGUGCAGCAACUCGAGAUCAUCCAUGGAUACAACGACAUGAAAACUGAACUGAAGGACUUCCUGCAGAGAUUCGCAGCUGAAGGAAAGGUUGUGACUCCUGAUGAUAUCCGUCAGUUCUUUGAGCAGCAGCAGAGUCGCAAGAGAAGACGAGUCGACGCUGGACGUUUCUACUGCACCUGAUCACCUCUGACCUUUGACCUCCAACUAACCAUGUAAUAACCAUUGACCUUCUCCUGAUCUCCUUCCUGGGAUCGUCCUACAUCAUUUCUUCACAUUUCCUGCUGAAAAGCUGAUGUUUGUGGAUUUUCUGGACAUUUUAAAGUUUUUAUCCUCAGUUUAUUUAGAUCUUUGAGACACUGAAUUUCCUGUUUUUAAUGUUUGUGUUUCAGAGGUCAAAGGUCACCAACAUUAAUGUCUGUUUGUGUUCUCUCUGUGUUUCCUUUUUAAUGAAAACCAAUAAAACUGAACCACAACACCAACA